UUGUGAAAUGUCAAUGUCACAUUGAUUGACUGUCAUAAUGAAAUGUCAAAUGUCAACGCGUUAUCCUUCCCUAGUAGCUUAUUCCUUGUAUGUUCAUAAUUCACAUGUCGGUGUUUAUUUCAUUAAUUUCUUGUUUAUAAUAAAUUACCGCAAAUGAAGUAAUUAUGGCUGAUGAGAGCGCUUUUGAUAAGAAGAAAGCGCAUCGUGCAAAACAUGCUGGUCGUAAAGCAGAGAAGAAGAAAAAGAAACAUGCUGUCGACCAAUCUAACCUAAGCGCUAGGCAACGAAAUUCUAAAGCGUUUGCUAUCCAGUCUGCCGUGCGGGCUGAGAGGAAAUUCAGACGACGAGAGGAUGUUAUAGCCAAGAAGCAGCAUAUACCACAAGUGGACAAAACACCUGUUGAAUCGCCACCGAUAGUCGUGGCCAUUGUGGGACCGCCGCGAGUUGGCAAAACAACACUCAUCAAUAAUCUCAUCAAGAGUUUCAUAAAAACAAACGUAACAAGCACGAACGGCCCUAUAACCAUCGUCACAUCGAAGAAACGGCGUCUGACCCUCAUAGAAUGCAAUAACGACAUCAACUCCAUGAUUGAUAUAGCAAAAUGCGCUGAUCUCGUUCUAUUAUUAUGUGACGCUAGUUUCGGUUUUGAAAUGGAGAUAUUUGAGUUCCUCAAUAUAUGUCAAGUGCAUGGUAUGCCUAAAAUCAUGGGUGUUCUGACUCAUCUUGACAUGAUAAAAAAUGCCAAAACAUUGAAAACUACUAAGAAAACACUAAAACACCGUUUCUGGACAGAAGUGUAUCCUGGUGCUAAGUUGUUCUACUUGUCGGGAAUAGUCCAUGGAGAGUAUUUAAGGAAUGAGAUAAAAAAUUUAGCUAGAUUUAUCUCUGUGAUGAAAUUUAGACCAUUGAGUUGGCGGAGCACACAUGCAUAUCUGCUCGCAGACCGGCUAGAGGACAUAACAAGUCAAGAGACAAUAAGAAAAGACCCAAAAGUAAAUAGAGAUGUUGUACUCUAUGGUUAUGUUAGAGGUGUGCCAUUGAUGAAGGAAUCUAUGGUUCAUAUAGCAGGUGUGGGAGACAUGAAAAUCAGUGAACUUUCCUAUCUACCAGAUCCAUGUCCUCUUCCAAGCAGUGAAAAAAAACGACAUCUGAUGGAGAGAGAACGUCAGAUUUAUGCCCCAUUCUCUGGUGUUGGUGGUAUUGUUUAUGAUAAAGAUGCAGUUUAUAUUGAAUUGAAAGGUUCUCACUCACACAAACAUGAAGAUGAAGAAACAAAUGAAAAGAAGGCUUUACUCAAAAAUGUUGUAGAUACUAAAGAGACUGUUGAUGAACAAAUGCAGGAGAGUGGGUUUAAGCUGUUUAGUGGAGGAGCUGUUAUAUAUCCAGAAAUGAUGAAAGAUGAUGAGUAUUUGCAACAUAAUAAAAUUCAAACUAAGUCAAAUAGUGAUGAUGACAGUUCAGAUGAAUCAAGUUCUGAAAGAGAAGAAGAGUCUGAUAAUGAUAGUGGCAUUGAUCAAAGUGAGAAAGAUGUUUUUGAUAAAACCAAACUACCUUGGGAAGAUAAUUCUGGUUCAGAACAGGAUGAUGAUUCAGAUGAUUCAGACACUAUAAAUGAUAAUAUGAAAGUAUCCAAUGAAAAUUUUGAGAAUGAGGGAGAUUUUGAUACAAAAUGGAAAGAAAAAUUAAGUGAAAAAGCAACAGAUGCAUACUAUGAAAGGCAGAGAACUUCAAAAAAUAUAAUGAAACUUGUAUAUGGGGAUUUUGAUAUUGGUAAUAAAACAAAACAAAAACAAGAACAAUCUGAUGAUAACAGUGACAGUGAUGAAGAAGAAAUUGGAGGUUUGUUCAAAAAAGUAACACAUACACAGAAGAAAAAACAAAAAGAGAAAGAAAAGCUGGAUUUAGAUGAGUGUUCAUUUUUUUAUAGUUUGGAUAAACCAAAUGUAAGAGACUGGUCAAGUGAAAAUAACAAACAGUAUUUGAUGAAUUGUUUUGUUACUGGAAAGAGAUCAGCCGACGAGGAUGCAUCAGAGUUACUUAAGUUAGAUGAUGCCAGUGAUGGUGAUGAUGAAGAUCUGUAUGGAGAUUUUGAAGACUUGGAAACAGGUGAGAAGCAUACUGCUGAUGAAUCUAAAGAUCCUCAAGUGGAGAUUGGAACAAAAAGGAAAGCAGAACCUACAAAGUCAGAAAUCCUUGACAAAAAACUUAAACUAAAAGCAAAAUUUGAUGCUGAAUAUGACAAUCCAGAUGAUCAUAGAAUUAAAGGUGACCAUUCUUAUUAUGAGAGCUUGAAGGCAGAAGCAUUAAAGCAGUCUGAACUUAACAAGUCAGUCUUUGAAAAUUUGGACAAUGGUCUGAGGAUUGAGGUUGAAGGUUUUAGACCUGGUUUAUAUGUAAGAAUGUUAUUCAAAAAUAUGUCAUCAGAAUUUGUUACAAACUUUGAUUCAAGUUAUCCUAUUCUUAUUGGAGCAUUGAAUAUGGCAGAGCAAAAUAUAGGAUUUGUAUCCUGCAAAGUAAAAAAACAUAGAUGGUACAAAAAGAUUCUAAAAACAAAUGAUCCAUUGAUCAUUUCUUUAGGUUGGAGAAGAUUUCAAACUCUACCUAUUUAUUCAAAGAUAGAGGAUGACUUGAAGUGCAGAUAUUUGAAAUAUACACCAGAGCAUGUUACAUGCAAUAUGCAUUUUUAUGGUCCAAUUACACCACAAAACACUGGCUUUCUUGCCUUACAGACUGUAAAUAAUAAUCCCAACGAAAUAAAGCAACUAGGAUUCAGAAUUGCAGCCACAGGCAGUGUCAAUGAAAUCAAUAAAUCAACACAAAUUGUAAAGAAAUUAAAAUUAGUAGGAACACCUUUGAAAAUUUAUAAGAAAACUGCUUUUAUUAAAGAUAUGUUUACAAGUACACUUGAAGUGGCAAAAUUCGAAGGCGCAAGAAUAAAGACAGUAUCAGGCAUUAGAGGUCAAAUUAAAAAGGCAUUGAACAAACCAGAGGGAGCAUUCAGAGCUACAUUUGAGGAUAAAAUACUUAUGAGUGAUAUUAUAUUCUGCCGAACAUGGUUUAAAGUAGAUGUCACGAAAUUUUAUGCACCUGUUGUUAAUUUAUUGUUACCUGUAGGUGAAAAGAAUGCAUGGCAAGGAAUGAAGACUAAAGGACAAUUAAAGAGGGAACGUAAUAUUCAGAAUGAGGCCAACACUGAUUCCAUGUACACAGAGGUGAUUAGAGAAGCUAAAGUGUUUAAGCCGCUAACUAUUCCAAAAACUUUGCAGAAAGGUUUACCAUACAGAUUUAAGCCUAAACUGAAGACAACAACAUUAUCUGGUAAUGACCCUAAGAAUAAAAUGAAGGAAAGAAUAGCUGUAGUGAAGAGUCCGUAUGAGCAGAAAGUUACUAAUGUGAUGAAAAUGUUAAAAACAAAUUAUGAGAAAAAGAAAGAAGUCCAGAAAGAAGCGACAGCUGAAAGAUUGAAAAUGCACAAAAAGCAACAAGAGGAAGAAGAAUGGCGGCGGAUUAAGAGGCAGAAAGAAUUAAAAAAGAAGAUUUGUAGACAUUUAAGUAAAAUGGGCAAUAAAAAGAAAACCCAAAUGUGAUAAACAAAUUUUCAGUAAACUCGCCUAUUGUAUAAAA